ACCCUCCCAGAUGACCCGCUAGGAGUCUAGUGCUUCAUAGGACCACCCCGAGCAGAACUGGGACCCAAGAGCCUGCACCCCAAGGACCAGAGUCCAUGCCAAGACCACCCUUCAGCUUCCAAGGCCCUCCACUGCCCGGCUGUCGCCAGUCACCAUGGCCUCAGACAGGGCUUGUGCUCAGCUGACACCUCUGACACAGCUCUUCUGCCGCAUGAGCUGUUGUCCAGCUACACCUCCCCGACUCUGUCCUCGUGCUGCUGGCGGUUCUGAGGUCUGUGGAUUUUAGCUGAGUUCCGGGCUGUUGAAAGCCUGCUGACGCUUGGUUCUGUUAUCAGUGGAAUGAGGUGACUUUCCCGGAGUUGUGCAAUCCUCAGGUCCGGCAGUGUCUUCUUCCAGUUACUGGUUUCAAACAAGCCAAAAGUCUGACUUUGGUGUGUUUGUGAAUCCUCUGAGGAAGCCGCUGUUCUCCUGGGGUCUCCCCUUCCCACCGGACCUGCCUAACUUUCCCCCAUUUAGUGGCACACCUGGGGUCUUCAGAGAUGACUCCGCAUCUGUCCAAAGAAGUUUGGUGAGAUCAGUUUCCGUAGAGGUCAUGACAGUUCAGCAGCCUGCCAUCCAGUCAUUCGACAGAAAUUCGGGAAUCUUUCACUUCAUGCCAUGCCCUGUGCCAGGUGCCAGAGAUACAGCUACUCACUCCAGGGCUCAUCGCUGGGGAGACAGAUAAGAGGACGGGCAGUCCCCACCCUCUGUGAAAGAUGUGAUGUCAGGGAGCAGCGUGGUCCCGUGGGACAUCUAACCAAGUCAGGGGCAUUGCCAGGCAGGGACAGGGAAGGCCUCCUGGAGCAGGUGGCCUCCAAGUGGGGCUCUGAAGACUGAGAAGGAGCCAGGCAAAGAGCAGGGGUAGAUGAGGGCAUCUGGGGCAGAAGGAGAAUAUACAAAGGCCCAGAGGCCGGGGGCAGGACAGGGUACCUUUGGGGACAUUGCAUGUAAUUGACCACAUUUGGAGUUUGGAUUUGGAAGUGGUGGAAGAGAUGGAGAUGGUGAGACAAGUAGUAAGCAUGUCAGCCUUCCAGGUGCGCUCCUUUCCGAUGAGCGCUGUCUUAUCCCACGUAACUUUGAGAAGUUUGGGCCUUUCCCACUGUGGCAGAGGUUUCCUGAGGCUCUUGCAUACAUGGCCCUAUGGUUGCUCGUCAGAUCUUUCUCCCAGUAGCUGCUCAGCACGGUGGUGGCAUAAGCCCAUUUUCCGGAGCCAGGGGAUUCAGUUGCAGCAAGACAUGGCCCGGUCUGGGAGGUCAACCAUGAAGAAGGCAGUAGCUGUCAUUGCCCAACCCCAGAAAUCCCAAUCCUGUUUUCUCCCUCUCAGUCCUGAUCAUGGAUUCAGCAGCAGCGAACUCGCCAAUGUAGUGGGUGGCACAGCCAGGGUCUUGACUCUGGCUCUGCAGUAGCACAGUCUGGAGAAGCUCUGAGGGGAGAGAGACUCCCACUGGUCCGAGGGUCUGGCACAGAGCCAGAAAUGGGGGGGAAGGUAUGGGGCUGGGUCGCCUCUGACCUCUCACGUACCAUCCAGGAGGCCCUGGCCUCUCACUGAACCCUGCCACUCCUCUUUGGCAAGACCUCUUCCCAAACCCCCAAACUGCCUCCUUACCCACAAAAGUGGUCUCUGAGUGUCAGUCCAGUGGGACCCCCACCCCUUAUGGCUUCAGUUCCCCAAAUAGGGCCGGACCCUUGAUCCUGAUCCAGCUGUGGCUAUCCAGCCCCUUCCUGGGGACUUUGGACUUUGAUGGGGGCAUGCCCAGUUGUGCUGGGAAUCCAUACUCUCUCUGGCUGGAGUAGAACCUGUGGACUCUAGUCCUGAGGGCAGUCAUGUUCUGCCUGUGCCUGGAAACACCAGAAACUUGACUGCAGAGAGAAGAAAGAGGAGAGAGGAACAAAGCAAGGAAACUGCCCGUCUCUGGGGCUUUGUCUGUUCCCUAUCCCUGGCUUUCUAAGAUCAGUGGGGUCCCCUCCUCUGCUUCUUUUUCCUGAGUUCUGUGAAAUUCCCCAAUCCUUACUUUUUAUCUCAAACCAGCUCAAGGUGGGCUGUUUUCCUUUCAACCAAAGAAAGGUGCUCCUGGCGGCUAAAGGUACAUAUUCGACAGCUAGAUUUCCAGGCUGGAAUCCUGCCCUCCACAACAUGCGAACAAUACCCGUGUUGCAUAUAGAGCGUGGCUGUGAAGAGUUGAGUGAGUGCCCGCAAAGCACUUAGAGCAGUGUCUGGUACAUGCUAGUACUCCGCAGUGGGAAACCACCUCCUUUGUCUUCUGGGCACUUUUGCGAGUGAAAGGAGGCACUAAUAACAAUCACACUGGGAUGCCUGUAUAUACUGGAAUGCCCCAGGCAAACCAGGCGUAAACUGUAUUACUCUAUCUGUAGCUUAAACUAACAAACAACCCACACAAAUCACAUUUUGUUCUUCAGGCGAUUCAGGAAGGCCUAUUAGGCAGGGACUGCCAUUUUCUCUCUGAGACAAACAUCAUGCCAGUAAACUGGCCCACAGUGGGGUGGCAGAGGGAGAGGGCCCAGGUGGGGGCGGACACCCUUGCCUGCACGGGUGAUGUGGAACCAGAAAGCUGACUCUGGAUGCAGGAAAAAGGUCAGGGUUGCAUUUCCCUUCCUUGCUUCUCGAUGGGUGAUCAAUUUUUUUGAAAUACGGACGUCCCAAGGCCAAUGAGACUGGUGUCAUUCCAGAAAAGGGCCACUCUGUGGGCGGGACGGUGGGAGGGUACCUGAAGGUGGGGUCAAGGGAGGCCCCAAACAGUCUACACAGCAGGAGGGAUGGCCGGGGCUCUUGAGCUAUAAGUGGCACCUCAGGGCCCUGACGGGCGUCUCGCCAUGCUGCUCCUGGGCCUGCUGCUGCUGCUGCCCCUGCUGACUGGUGCCCGCCUGCUGUGGAACUGGUGGAAGCUCCGGAGCCUCCACCUCCCGCCUCUUGCCCCGGGCUUCUUGCACCUGCUGCAGCCCGACCUCCCCAUCUAUCUGCUUGGCCUGACUCAGAAAUUCGGGCCCAUCUACAGGCUCCACCUUGGGCUGCAAGAUGUGGUGGUGCUGAACUCCAAGAGGACCAUUGAGGAAGCCAUGGUCAAAAAGUGGGCAGACUUUGCUGGCAGACCUGAGCCACUUACCUACAAGCUGGUGUCUAAGAACUACCCGGACCUGUCCUUGGGAGACUACUGCCUGCUCUGGAAAGCCCACAAGAAGCUCACCCGCUCAGCCCUGCUGCUGGGCAUCCGUGACUCCAUGGAGCCAGUGGUGGAGCAGCUGACCCAGGAGUUCUGUGAGCGCAUGAGAGCCCAGCCUGGCACCCCUGUGGCCAUUGAGGAGGAAUUCUCUCUCCUCACCUGCAGCAUCAUCUGUUACCUCACCUUCGGAGACAAGAUCAAGGAGGACAACUUAAUGCCUGCCUAUUACAAAUGUAUCCAGGAGGUGUUAAAAACCUGGAGCCACUGGUCCAUCCAAAUUGUGGACGUGAUUCCCUUUCUCAGGUUCUUCCCCAAUCCAGGUCUCCGGCGGCUGAAGCAGGCCAUAGAGAAGAGGGACCACAUCGUGGAGAAGCAGCUGAGGCAGCACAAGGAGAGCCUGGUGGCAGGCCAGUGGAGGGACAUGACGGACUACAUGCUCCAAGGGGUGGCGCAGCCGAGCAUGGAAGAGGGCUCUGGACAGCUCCUGGAAGGGCACGUGCACAUGGCUGCAGUGGACCUCCUGAUCGGUGGCACUGAGACCACAGCAAACACCCUCUCCUGGGCCGUGGUUUUUUUGCUUCACCACCCUGAGAUUCAGCAGCGACUGCAGGAGGAGCUAGACCACGAACUGGGCCCUGGUGCCUCCAGCUCCCGAGUCCCCUACAAGGACCGUGCACGGCUGCCCUUGCUCAAUGCCACCAUCGCCGAGGUGCUGCGCCUGCGGCCCGUUGUGCCCUUAGCCUUGCCCCACCGCACCACACGGCCCAGCAGCAUCUCUGGCUACGACAUCCCUGAGGGCACAGUCAUCAUUCCGAACCUCCAAGGCGCCCACCUGGAUGAGACGGUCUGGGAGAGGCCACAUGAGUUCUGGCCUGAUCGCUUCCUGGAGCCAGGCAAGAACUCCAGAGCUCUGGCCUUCGGCUGUGGUGCCCGCGUGUGCCUGGGCGAGCCGCUGGCGCGCCUGGAGCUCUUCGUGGUGCUGACCCGACUGCUGCAGGCCUUCACGCUGCUGCCCUCCGGGGACGCCCUGCCCUCCCUGCAGCCCCUGCCCCACUGCAGUGUCAUCCUCAAGAUGCAGCCUUUCCAAGUGCGGCUGCAGCCCCGGGAGAUGGGGGCCCACAACCCGGGCCAGAGCCAGUGAUGGGGCAGGACCGAUGCCAGCUGGGGACCUCAGUUUCUCCUUUAUUGCUCCCGUACGAACCCCUCCCCUCCCCCCUGUAAACACAGUGCUGCGAGAUCGCUGGCAGAGAAGGCUUCCUCCAGCGGCUGGGUGGUGAAGGACCCUGGCUCUUCUCUCGGGGCGACCCCUCAGUGCUCGGCAGUCAUACUGGGGUGCGAGAGAGGUGGGCAGCAGCUCAGCCUCCCCCCGCUGGGGAGCGAAAGUUUCUUGGUCUCAGCUUCAUUUCCGUGAAGGGCACCGAGAACUCGAAGCCCUUCCAGUGGUACCAGCUCACUCCCUGGGAAAGGGGUUGUCAAGAGAGAGUCAAAGCCGGAUGUCCCAUCUGCUCCUCCCGUUCCCCUUAAGGAGGUGGCUCCCAGCACUCAACCAACCUCCCCGCAGAGCUCCCCUCCUGACCCUCUGCUGCAGAAGAUUGAGGCUUAAUUCUGAGCUGGCCCUUUCCAGCCAAUAAAUCAACUCCAGCUCCCUC